CGGCAAUUGACUCGGUGUGCAGUAGGCGAAAAUUAAACGUGUGCUACUGCAGUAACGCUGGGAGUCUUGUUAGUUUGGAGAAUAGAACUGAUCAAAUCUCACAGCAAUGGAUGCUUUCAUCGAGGCAUUUUAUGCCAUUGACGUGGACCGUUCGGAACAUUCCACUUCCUUAUCCUACACAGAAACAAUCACUCUUGAUGAGCUAAGGGAUUAUAUGGAGAAGAACAACAUGGACCCAGCGUUUAUUGAACGCUGGCAGGAAAUAUUCGACCCAGAACAUACCGGUUCCAUCACCUUGAAUACGUUUUGCGAAGUAUUGGGACUGGAAUUAAAUAACAUACGUGGACAAUUUGAUGCGGCGGAGUCAGUGAAACACUCUGCGUCCAAACAGAAUGACAAUGACGAAGAACUAGAGCGGUCUCCACCACCACAAAAUGGUAAACUGAGGCAGGAUGACAAAGAUGUGGAGCAAGCACGCCGCAAGUCAUCGGAAAAUGCUGACGAACUCAACACGUGGUUAGAGCAGAAAGAGCCAAGUUCGGUAGCUUUUGUAAAUGGGGAUACGUCAAAACAGAUUUCUGGUGAAUCAUUUGACAAGAUACAAGUGGAUGAAACCGCUCCGUUUUCGGCAUUGCGUAACGGAUCAGAUGACACACAGAAAAAAUUCACUGAGAAUGGUUCGGGGUGUGGAAACGGAUACGAAGAGAUAUCGGUGGAUAUCGCGGAGGACCUGAAAACUGCCAUUGUCCGUUAUGCGAUAGAAGGGUUAGGCCAGCACCAAGAAGACCGCGAUUUGGUCAAGUGGUUGAAACAGAGGAUGGAUAAAGAACAUGGUCGGCUAUGGCACUGCACAAUCGUCCGAGGCCAGUAUUUCUCCUUCUAUUCAUAUCAACCAGGACACUCAUUCUGCUUCAAAAUUGGACCAAGGAUUUUUAUUGUCUUCAAGACACCAUUUUAUUGACUUUUCAUCACGAGGUAAUCAUUGAUUCCCUUCGAUUGCAAAAUGGAGGGGAACGAAUACUAUUGCGAUAACGUAGUCGCACGAACCACGCUACAUAUCGGACUAUACCAGAACAAUGUAAAACCCUGUAUAUGAUAACCGUUUUCAAUGAAACCUAUACUGCUGG